AUUUUAAUUAACAUUAAUUUUUAUAUUCACUUAUAUAUCAAUUGUAAUAAUAAUUAUAACGUUUAAUGCAUUAAUAAAUACAAUGUUUAGUCAAUAUGUAGUGAUUUUUGGCUGACUUUAAAUAAAAAUUGUCUCAAAAAAUAAUAAUUUGUGUUAAUUUUGUGUAUAAUUUAAACGAUCGGUGAUUAUAGUGACCGCAAUAAUAGUUAGUGAUUAGUAAUAAUAGUCUUUGGGAUCAAUUGGUGGUGAUAUCCAAAACGAUGAGUACAUUGGAGGACAAGAUAUUGGGCGAGAAAUUGCAUUACUAUUGCAGUAGUAGUGAAGAGGAGGACAACGAUAACGAGGACGACAACAACGACUGCCGCAAGAAGUGCUCCGAAGACAAGACCAACUCCAACGACGUGCCGCCCGUCGGCGGUGGCGGUGAUCAGCGCUGGAACCGAUGGGACGGCAACUCAUGCAACACGGGACCAAAAGGUGUGAUCAAAGACUGGCAAAGAUAUAAACAGUUUGAGAGCGAGAAACGAGACGCCGAUGAGAGACAGAAGUUGGAACUGAUGUCCAAACUGUCGCUCAGUUGUCGCUCGCAUUUGGACGAAGAGUUGGCCAAAAAGGAGAACCAGACCACCGAUGAGGACGACUUAAGCGACCGCUUCUUCGCCGCAGACAUCGAGAAAUUUCUGGUCGAACACGGAGUGCUGAACGAGAGUCUAAUACCAAACAUAAUAACCACGCGAUCGUCGAUCAGAGAGAGCGCUAUAGACAACGACGAAGAGGACGACGAUUGCGAUUAA